CAGACAAGGGAGAGUCACCCAGGAGGUGUACUUCCUGUAUUUAGUGAGAGAGGAAUGGAGCAGGAGAGAGAGAGAUAGUGAGUCAGCGAGCUUCAUCUCGGGAUCAACAGUAACUGAUCACGUCAGUGUUGGAGGAAGGAGAACAGAUUGAUUUGUGGGAUGAAGUCCGCGGGCUUUCAUUUAGUUUGUCCAGAUUCUUCUGUUCAUUAACAGCGGCUGUGAAGACAAGACAGAGAGAAAAAUAGGAAGGGGAAGAUAAGUGUCAAUCUGUUCAGACUUGUUUGGGAAUUUGAGCAGGGAAGGAGGGAGGAGGAGGGGUGAAACAGCAAGACAGAGAGAAGAACAGAGGGGAGAGGUUGACAGACAGACCGAGAAGAAAACAGAUGCUGAGAGAGACAGAGGGUCAGGAUUGGAUUAAAGUUGAAAUAGAACUCCCCCCCCAGCAGAUCUGGAGAGGAAGGAUUGCUUGUGUUGCGCAAUCCUUGUUAGUUCACACUACUAAACUAACUGAGAGCUGCAGAGAGAAGGGAGACUGGACAUCUCUAGCGUACUAAACUCAGGUUCUGAAAAAAGUAUGUUACCAUGGGGACCAAACGCCCCAGUCUGACUCCCUUUGACACAUCUGAUCCAUCCAAUCAAAGCGCUUCCUACUUGAACCCUCAGCCAAUCAGCCAGAUCUGCCGUGAAACAAGUCCCAGACCUGGAACAGUGGCCCGGACAGACAGAGAGAGGGAGAGGAUCCAAGAGGAGGAAUGGAGGAGAGAAAGAGAAAUGGAGAGAUUUAAGGACAAGACAAGAAAUAGAAGAAAAGAGAUGGAACCCGGACCAAGAGAGAGGAACAGAGAGAAGGACUGUUCCCCCAUAUCCAGAGGGAGGGAGGAGGAAAGGGAAUGGAGAGAGAGAGAAAGGGGGGGAGCGGGAGAGAAACGUGCCAAUGGAAGACCUACUUCAAAUCUGGAGAUCAGGAACCACAGAGACAGAGAAAAGGAGAGAAAGAAGGGAGACACGUUUCCUACAAUUGUAAAACAUAGCAAAGAGAGAGACAGAAGAAUACGUGCAUUUGUGGAGGAAGAUGUGGGGAAAGAAGGAAUGAGACAAUUGGAGAGACCGAAGGGAACAGAGAUGGACGACUGGGAGAGAGAACGAGAAACAGCAGCAAAGAUACAGCGGUAUCGAGAUGCAGAGAGGGACUUCCAAAGGCAGAGGGAGAGGGAGAAGGAGAGAAUCAGGGCACAGGAGGACGGAGAGAGAAAUGGAGGAAAGCCCAUGGAGGAUAAGACUGUGAGACGGAGGGAGAGAGCGAGGGAAGCGGAGCCAGAUUUCAGAGAGAGGAGAAGAGAGAGGGACUCAAAGGCUAAUGACCUACGGAGCAAAAGAGAGAGGUAUAUGGAUGGAGAGAGAGAGAGGUCAAAACUCUGGCAGGGAGAAAGAGAAGUUAGAGGAAGAGAGGGAGAUUCACAGAACUAUUCCGAUAGAGAGGGCAGGGAUGGAAGGAGGGAAGGAAAUACAGAGGGACAGAGGGACACCAGGAGUGAGGGAGACAGUGAUGGAGAGAAGAGGAAAGAGAGAGUGAGAGAUGACAACAGAAGAGAACUGAAACAUCUGCACAGUAAAAGUGAGGGGGACACUGAGGGGAACGCAGCAUGGGAUAGAGUGAGGGAGAAAGAGAGACAGAAAUGGAGAGGGGGGGAGAUGUACAGAGAGAGGGAUGGAAGUAAAGAUGCUUAUAGACAGAGAGUGAGGGACGGGGGCAGGGACAUUGAUGGAGAGAGGGACAUGGACAGAUACAGAGAGAGGGACCGGAGAAAAGUGAGGGAAGUGGAGAGAGAGAGGGAUGGGGUGAGAGAAGGGGGCAGGCGAGAGAACGGACCAAGGGAAAGGAGGGAUCCGGAGAAAGAUAGGGAGAAAACACAGCCCAGUGUAACAGGAGAGAGAGGGAAGCGGAUGGAUGGAGAGAGAUUCAGAGAGAGGGAGAGAUAUUCCAAGGGGAAGGAUGAAGAGAGGAGGUGCAGGGAGAAGAGGGACAGAGAGACAGAUCCCAAAAGGGAGGGAGAAGCAGAUGGAGCUAGCCGAUCGCCGAGUGAGACAGCCCCAAGGGUGCCACCACGAGUCCAGAGCAGUGGAGAAUGGAGCAGUGACAUAGAGAGGGAAAGAAAAUGGAGAAGAGAAAGUCAUGAAGAAAAGGAGUCAGAGGGAGAUGUGGACAGGGGGCAGAGAGAGUGUAGUGAAAGAGAGAGACCAGAUAGAGUGAGGGGGAGAGAAGAAGGAAAGGAAGAGACGAUACCAAAGCGCCCUGAGCAGAGGAAGAUGUGGUUAGAACCACAGAAGGUCAGAUAUAACAAAGACUCCUCUUUAGAGGAUGAGGUUAUAGAGCGAGAAAGAGAGAGGCACACUAACAGAUGGAGAGAGAGAAGUGAAGAAGAGGACAGAUCCGUGGAACAAAGAAAGUCUAUAGAUGAAGAGAGAGAAGCUGAGAGGGAGGGAGGGAGGGAGAGGUAUUUGGAGAGAGGGUUAAAUGUAGAUGAAGACGAUGAGACAGAAGCCUGGAGGAGUUAUAGCAGAGGAAAGGAACACCAGACUUACAGUGAUGGAGAGAGAGAGGAACGCUGGCAGAGGGACAGUGAGAUGGAGAGAGAGAAUGUGACAGAUAACACAGAGGGUGACAGAGAGGAAGAAGGAAGAAGUGAUAGAUAUGCAGAGUGGGAAGGAGGGAGGGAUAGAAUCCCUUCCUCUGAGGACGGCUUUAUCACUGUGUCCAGUGGUGGAGAAGAGGAAUUUGAGGACUGCAAGGAAUUCGUGGAAGUUGGGUUCACUAAUCAUGUUACCAGGCAACCUGUUAGCUUUCAGGGGAGCGAGGGAGAGAUGGAGAGAGGUGGAGGGAGAAGACAUGAAAGAGAGAGAGAAAGAACAGAAGAGCGGACAGAGCAAAAAGAUGAUGCAUUGGAGGGAGAGGUGAAUGAUGGAAAGGGGAAGAAGCAACCCACCUAUGUAUUCUGUGUGAUUGGACAAACACUGCCCAGGUCAAAACCCAAUCAGACAGCAGUCCUGGGUAACAUGGAAUCAGAGCGGACCAAUCAAAAUCCUGGAUAUGGUCAUAGGGACAGUGGUGACAUCACACACCUCCCUCAUGAGAACCCUUCCAGAGAUGGAGACCAAGGGGCAGAGGAUGAGAGAAAAAUAGUGAGGGAUGAGAUCCACGUGCCAAAGGAGGAGAGAACAGACACAGAAGAGAGCUCCAUAGUGGACGUCAGUCACACUACCCUAGAACGAGAGACCGGAGAACGACUGAAGGUCAUGGAGGAGAACCCAUACGCUGAGAUAGAGCGAAGGAGGAACUCUGAGACCGAAAAACUCCUCAAAGAGUGGAGAGAAAGACAUGAAGAGUACACAGAAACAAGAGAGAGGGACCCAACAGACAGGAGGAGGACAGAACCAGAGAUAGGUCCAUCUUCACAUCCCAGUGGAGAGUACCACCACCAUGGGAUCCCUGUAGUUGACCAAGCCACCUCUGACCAGAAUAACCCUGUAGUGAUGAGCCCAGAGGAAGCUGUGGCCAUCCAAAUCUGUAUAAGGGGAGCCUGGAGCACAGAAGAGGAGGCCAAGCGCCACUCCCAGGCCUCACACAUGAAGUGGGCCAAGAACGUAUUGAGCGAGAUCCUUGGCAGCUCAGAGGAACCAGCCCUCGGCAACCCCCAGCCAGAGUCACAGGGAGGUCAAGAGGUCAGCCAGACUACGAGAGGGACCGAGAGGGUAGAAGAGGAGCUAGAGGAAGAAAAGGAUGAGACGCUAGAGGGGGGAGGAGCCUCAACCGUCUACGCCACGGUUCAGAAGAGGACGAAGCGUGGGAGGAAGUCGGUAGAGGAGAGGCUGGCUGAACGGGAGGCAGAGCCAGGGAAGGUGGAGGAUGAGAGAGGUACAGGGGAGAAACUAACAGACGUGCAUGCUGAUGCUUUCACAGCUAUGCUUGGUGAUGGUAAACCCAUAGACAUGCAUGCUGCCCUGACCCUACACAAUACUCAUGGUGACACACCUACAGACACACAGGGAGAGGAGGUGGAGGGUAACAAUGUGUGUGCGGACAGACAAACAGACAGUCAUAUACAUAUCCAGGUAGAGAUGGUGACAGAGGUUGAGGGUGAGAUGGAGAAAGGGGUCAAAGUUGGGGACGAGGUUCAUAUACUGGAUGCAGAGAAAGAAGUGAAUGCCCAGAAAGAGGAAGAUCUGUUUCUCUCUGUGAGCAACACCCUGUACAAACCAACCAGCUGCCCCAGCCUUAUAUACAACCCUGAUUCAGAACAACCUAUCACCACCACAGAGGAAAAGACUGAGGAAGAAGGGGAGAAAGAGAGAACUGUGGGAGAUGGGGAAGAGAAUAGUGUGGUAGAGAGGAAGCAGGAAAUGAGGAUAGAGGAUGGGACCGAGGACAGGGGGAAAGUGGGAGAGGCGACUGAGGAAAGGAAAGUGGAAAGGGAGGAGGAGAAGAGGGUAGGAGGGGAAGAGGAGAGGAUGAGGGAGGGCAAGGAAGAGAGUAAAAAAACGGGAGGAGGGGGGGUGAAGAGCACUUGUAGCUUCCAAGAUUUGGGCACCGAUGUUCGAUAUAGGAGGCUGGGGUUCCACAAGACAACAGAAAGAAGAAACGAGGAAGAAGAAGGAAGAGGAGAUGCAAGGGAUCGCAGAACAAGAAUAUUCCAGGUGUCAGAUGAUGAGGAGGUGAGCGUCAACUGGGGAGACGUGGACAUGAGGAAUGUCACGGAUACCAUCAGAAUGGAUAGGAGGAACUCCAAAUUUUACAAUUCCCAGCUCUACCAGCAGUACAGUGAGACGGCUCAGAACAGGGAGAUCCUCAGUCAGUCUUGCUCUGACGCCCUCUCCAUCUACGGGGAGCUCCCUGUCCCCCUGUCCCCCGUACCCCCCUCUCUGGCCCCCUCGCUCCCUCCGGCACGCAGGCCCUUACCCUGUCUCCCCCCAGUCAUCCACCCCCACUCUCUGUCCCACUCUGGAUCUACCUCCAGUGGCACCAGUGCCAAGUUCCUACCCAUACCACAGCCGCCCCAGGCCCCCUCAGCCAGGCCUUCCUCUCCCCGCCUCUCCAUCUCCCUCACCCAGUCCCCCAGCCUGUGGCAGGAGAUCCCUGAGGUCAGGAACAGUGCUGAGUUUGGGGAGCUGACUAACGACCAGAGACGCCUGCAGGAGGUGCAGUUUGAGGUUGUAACUUCAGAAGCGUCAUACUGUCGUAGUCUGGAUAUUGUGGUGGAUCACUUUGUCAAGUCUAAGCAGCUCGGGGAGCUGUUGACUACUCAGGACAGGAGCUGGCUGUUCUCCAGGCUGGCUGAUGUCCGAGCCAUCAGCCACAGUUUUCUGUCGAAGCUGGAAGAGAGGGUAGAAUCUGAUAUGAUGCACUUCACCGUGUGUGACAUCAUCGCUCGCCACUGUCAACGCUUCAAGAAGGUCUACGUGCCCUACCUCACCAACCAAUCAUAUCAGGAUGCCACUUACCAGAGACUCAUGGAUGAGAACCAAGGGUUCAGGCGGGUAGUGGAGAAGUUGGAACGCAGUUCAGUGUGUCAGCGUCUUCCUCUUCGCUCCUUCCUCAUCCUCCCCUUCCAGAGGAUCACACGAAUCAAACUCCUUGUGCAGAACAUUGUGAAGAGAACAGCCCAAGGCACAGAGGAGGAGGUCCAGGCCAUCAAAGCUAUGAAGCUACUGGAGAGGUUGAUCCAGGAGAGCAAUGACAGUAUUACUCAGAUGAAGAGCAUUGAGUCGCUGGUCUCUCUCAGUGCCAGAGUGGACUUUGAAUGCAGGACUCUCCCACUGGUCAGUCAGUCUCGUAGGCUGGUGAGAGAGGGACCGGUGACUGAGAUGAUGGAUUUCUCUCUGAAGGAGACAGAGAGGAGUGUCUACCUUCACCUCUUCAAUGACUAUCUGCUGCUGUCGCUGCACAAAGAAGGGGGCAGGUUCACGGUGAUAGACCAUGCUCCAGUGUCAGAACUGAGAGCUGAGAACUGUCGGGUCAAACUGCACUCUCUAGAGAAGAACCUUUUCCGCCUCCACCUUAACAAGAAAGCCCUGCUACUUAGCACCGACACACAGGGUGAUAAACUGCGUUGGAUCUCAGCUGUCUCCAGGCCCCAUCCUGUUAUUGACUACUCUACAGCACAAGACUUCACACAGAUGCAGUGCGUCCGAGCCUUCGUUGCCCACCAACCAGAUGAGCUGUCCCUGGAGAAGGCUGAGGUCAUUCUCGUCCACCAGCAGAGCAGCGACGGUUGGGUGGAGGGGACCAGGCUGUCAGACAGACACAGAGGAUGGACUCCUGAGUCCCACUUGGAAACCAUAGCCAGCCUCAGGGUCCGACACCGCAACCUGCUGGACGCUCUAAAAAUUACCACAGCCACGGCUGCAGUAUGACAUGCCAACCACUGCAUGACUGCACUAGUGGAAUCCUAGUCACUGUGUUACUGGGGACAUGUGGAUUUGGACAGUGGAUGAAACAUUGUGUUUCAGACUGGAGUUGUCCCUCCCGGCCUCACCCUGCUUAUUGGGGAUGAAUGGCAAGGGGAUGAAUGGCUUUAGAGGGGGUGCCUUAGAUGGGGGUGCCUUAGAGAGAGGCACUGGACUGACAUUAAUACCUUUUAACACUUACAGGAGUGUCAACGUAAAUUAUUGAAAGGCUUUUGGAGGUGCCUGGGAGUGUGCCUGGGAGUAGCCUUGUAAAUUGAACCCUGGCAAUGAAUGUCGAUGGACUGUUACAGGAUGUAUUGGAAAUCAGCCAUCUAAGAACAUUGUGGAUUGAGGUCCUGUGGCCCCGGAGAAGGACAGCAGUUUCUCCAUAACUGGUUUACUUGGGGACUUUAAAGACAUGGCAUGGGGCCUCCCGAGUGGCGCAGCGGUCUAAGACACUGCAUUGCAGUGCUAGAGGCCUCAUGAUACACCUGGGUUCGAUCCCAGGCUGUGUUGCAGCCGGCCGCGACCGGGAAACCCAUGAGGCGGCACACAAUUGGCCCAGCGUCCUCCGGGUUACGGGAGGGUUUGGCUGGCCGGGAUGUCCUUGUCCUAUCGCGCUCUAGUGCCUCCUUGUGGCAGGUCGGGGGGUUUCAGAAGACGCAUGGUUCUCGACCUUCACCUCUCCCGAGUCCGUACAGGAGUUGCAGCUAUAGGAGAAGACUGUAACUACCAAUGGGAUAUCAUGAAAAAGGGGUAAAAAAAUACAACAACAAAAAUAAGACAUGGUAUGAUGCACCAUGGCAGUGUUUUGCAAUAGAGGUUAUUGUCUUUGAACAAAAUGUUUAUAUAUAUUCAGGGCAAUGUAUUAUUUGUGUAUAUUAAAAAGAUUUUAUAAAUUA